AAGGACAAAUAUUUAAAGCUGAAAGAUAAUGUCACUAGAACUUUUUUGUAACCUGGACACUUUGUUCUGAUUUUGUUUUCUAUUAACGCAUCAUAGGAAUAAAUAGCUUGUUUUAUGUUCUCCUCAUAUCAACAAAGCCCCUUGGGUAAAGAAUAUGGCAAAAAUUUGUUUACAUAGUUAAAUGAUUGAAGCUCUUUAAGCAUUGAACAAACGUACAUUCUGAUAAUUUGUAACUGAAAGUGAUGUGUCUCUGACACAAUAUUUGUUUGGGCGUCACGGCUUAAACAACACCCAAAGAGAAUAGGCAAAGACCUCUUGAUUCCACUUUGACAAUGAAGUUGUAUAGCUUUUCUCUCGUCUUCUUGGGUCUGACAUUUCAGGGACAUGGUUCCACAAGCAAGAUCAUUCGGGAUCUUUCUAAGUAUCGAGAUCCCAGGGAACUCUUUGGGGUUACUCCCUUGGUCCCUUCCUUGGGAUCCACUUUGAAAAUUGUGGGUGGACAAGAGGUCGUUCCAAACUCUUAUCCGUUUGUAGUUGCGCUCUUCGUGGAUGGGUUGUACUUUUGUGGUGGCUCUAUUCUAAGUGACAAUCGCAUAUUGACCGCUGCUCAUUGUGUGGAUGGGAGGACUUACAUAGAGGUGGUGGCUGGGGCCCAUAAUGUCCAGCAAGAUGAACCUGAUCAAGAGGUUGUGGCCACUUUGGAUUACACUGUUCACGAAAAUUGGAACUUCAAUAUCACAUCAGGAUUUGAUGUGGCUGUUGUCAAACUGAACAAGCCUUUAGUUCUUAACGAUAAGGUGGGGACAAUUAGUCGAGCUCAAGCGGAUCCCACCAUAGGCGAGAAGACCACGGCCAUUGGUUGGGGCAAACCAAGGGAUUCGGCGCCCGGAAUCAGUGCUACCUUGAACUACGUGGACGGCUUGCCCGUGAUCUCCGAUGAAGAGUGCUCUUUGAUCUAUGGACCACUAUCACCUGCUACUUUGUGUGUGAGCUCAGAAGGCGGACAUGGAACGUGCUCAGGAGAUUCCGGUGGUCCAUUGAUUAAUGUGAAUUCCGAGUUGGUUGGAAUCACCUCCUUUACAAGCGGAGAAGGUUGUGAGUUGGGAUUUCCGGAUGGAUUUACUAGCGUGGCCGACUUCAACAUUUGGAUUGAUGCCAAUCUGGAAUAAGAUUCAAAAACCGUUCCAUAAACAAUAAAGAUCUUGUUGAUUUUAAAGGCUG